UCAAUGGAUAACAUUUUCCGUCGAACCACUUCCUCAUUCAAGGAAACAGAGACGGAAGCCUGCCAAACCAAAGAAGAAGAAGGAACAGCGGCGGACGUUAAUAGAAGCCACAGACUUGUGUUUUGCUCUCCUUGACGAACUUAUCAGCAGAAUGGCGGAUGAGGAGGACGAGACUGGCUUUGACGACGAACUGGACGACGGCUCCAGCGGAGUAGAUGUCGGCCACGGCAGGAGAAAGAGGCUCUUCUCUAAGGAGCUCAGGUGUAUGAUGUACGGAUUCGGAGACGACCAGAACCCGUAUACGGAGUCCGUUGAUAUUCUGGAGGACUUAGUGAUUGAGUUUGUCACGGAAAUGACUCACAAAGCCAUGUCUAUCGGACGGCAGGGCCGCGUCCAGGUGGAGGACAUCGUUUUCCUAAUUCGCAAGGACCCCAGGAAGUUCGCCAGGGUCAAAGACCUCCUGACCAUGAAUGAAGAGCUGAAAAGAGCCCGGAAAGCUUUCGAUGAAGCAAAUUAUGGCUCAUAAACUCAUCUUGGGACAUUUUUUUUAAACCUACAUCUAACGUGGUGGUUCAUUUAUUGAUUUCAUCUACCUGGUGUCUUUCUGUCUGGCACUGUUUAGAUAAAUAAAUUACAUAUUGUUUAAAUAUACCCAGUCAUUCAGGUUAAUUUGAGAAAACCAAGAAGACAUUCUUUACACUUGGACAGUGACAUUUAUCACGUUUAACACAUGUUUGAGCAAUAACCGGCACACUUUAAGUUGCAUCAUAGUUUUUAGAAGAAGAAAGUCCAUCCACAGCGUCUAGUUACCUCAGUUUUUAUAAUGAUUACUACAGUUGCAGUGAUUAGUUGAACAUUAUUAUUUUCCAGUUAUUUCAUUAAAAAAGACAAGAAAAUGA